AUGGCUUUUGGUUCGGGAGGUGGAGUUCGGUUUGCCGAACCUGCAGUGCGAGGCUCGGAUUUGGCAGGAGUGAGGCGGUAUGGGUCUCAGGCUGCGAGCGCGCAGGAGGAGGGGAAGGAGCCGUGGCGCGCAGGCAUGGAGCAGAUCCGCAACAUUGGGAUAUCAGCUCAUAUCGACUCGGGCAAGACGACCCUGACGGAGCGAGUCUUGUUCUACACGGGGCGCAUCCACGAGAUUCAUGAAGUCAGAGGGCGCGACGGAGUGGGCGCCAAGAUGGAUUCGAUGGAUCUGGAGAGGGAGAAGGGGAUCACGAUUCAGUCCGCUGCGACACACUGCAUGUGGGGCGACCACCAGGUGAACAUCAUCGACACACCAGGCCACGUGGAUUUCACCAUCGAGGUCGAGCGGGCUUUAAGAGUCCUGGACGGGGCUAUUCUGGUGCUGUGCAGCGUGGGAGGCGUGCAGAGCCAGUCUAUCACAGUCGAUCGGCAGAUGAGGCGAUACAGUGUGCCUCGCCUCGCCUUUAUCAACAAGCUCGACCGCACAGGGGCAGACCCGUGGAAGGUGGUGGGUGCUCUGCGCUCCAAGCUGAAGCUCAACGCUGCUGCAGUGCAGAUCCCCAUCGGCUUGGAAUCGGAUCUAGAGGGUCUCGUCGACCUCGUCUCCAUGUCCUCCAUCUACUUUGACGGCUCCAGUGGGGAGAAGGUGCGGAGGGAAGAAGGGAUACCAGACAACCUAAAGGAGCAGGCGGAGGAGAAACGGCACGAGCUGAUCGAGCACCUGUCGGAGGUGGAUGACGUAAUUGCCGAGAAGUUUCUCAACGAUGAGCCGAUUGGGGCCGAGGAGCUGCAAGCUGCGAUCCGCAGGGCUACCUUGGCAUUGAAGUUCGUUCCUGUGUUCAUGGGGAGCGCCUUCAAGAACAGAGGGGUGCAACCGCUGCUGGAUGGAGUGGUGGACUACCUGCCAUGCCCCACAGACGUGGCCAACCAUGCCCUGGAUCAGAGCAAAGCGGAGGAGAAGGUGCCGCUAGCGGGUGACCCCAACGGCCCCUUGGUGGGGUUGGCUUUCAAGCUGGAGGAGGGGAGGUUCGGCCAACUCACUUACCUGAGGAUUUACGAGGGAACGUUGCGCCGAGGGGAAUUCAUUAUUAACUGCAGCACAGGAAAGAAAGUCAAAGUGCCUCGCCUUGUGCGCAUGCACGCAGAUGACAUGGAGGACAUUCAAGAGGCUGGCGCCGGGGAGAUUGUGGCUAUGUUCGGAGUGGACUGUGCCUCUGGCGACACCUUCACACACGGCUCGGUGCGCUUCACCAUGACCAGCAUGAACGUACCUGAACCAGUCAUGUCUCUUUCCAUUUCGCCAGCUUCCAAAGACGGUGGUGCACAGUUCUCCAAGGCACUGAACCGCUUUCAGAAAGAGGACCCCACCUUCCGAGUCAGCAUGGACCCUGACAGUGGCGAGACCAUCAUAUCAGGAAUGGGUGAGCUGCAUCUGGACAUUUAUGUGGAGCGGAUCAAGAGAGAAUAUAAGGUGGACACAGUGGUGGGCAAGCCGCAAGUGAACUUCCGAGAGACGGUCACACAGAGGGCUGAGUUUGACUACACACACAAGAAGCAGAGCGGAGGGCAGGGGCAGUAUGGGCGUGUCAUCGGUUACAUUGAGCCACUGGAAGACGCAUCAGGCUCAGACUCAAAGGUGGUGUUUGACAACGAGAUCGUCGGCACAGCCAUCCCCUCCAACUUCUUCGCGGGGAUUGAGAAGGGCUUUUUGGAAGCAGCUAACAGUGGAGGGCUCAUCGGCCAUCCAGUGGUCAACAUUCGCUGUGUGCUCACCGACGGUGCCUCCCACGCGGUUGACAGUAGUGACCUGGCGUUCAAGCUCGCUGCUCUCUACGCCUUCAGACAGUGCUAUGAUAAGGCCCGGCCGGUCAUUCUAGAGCCGGUGAUGGCAGUGGAGGUGAAGGCACCUGUGGAGUUCCAAGGAACGAUAAUUGGGAACAUUAACCGGCGCAAGGGCAUCAUUGUGGGCAGUGAGCAGGAUGGGGACGAUAUCACCAUUAACGCUCAG